AUGGCCGACACCGCGGAGGCUGUCACUGACGCUGUGGAGCCGACCAACGACGCCGUAGUCGCAACCGAGACCGAAAUCGAAGAGACGGUUGCACCGAACGAAGAGCAGCAGGACCAACCCGUCAAGAAAAAGAAGAAGAUCAUCGUUCGCAAGAAAAAGCGCCCCGCACGCGUGCAAGCCGACCCAGCCCUCGUGAAGAAAGAUCCGUCUGUGCAGUCCGGACAGCAGUGGAACAUCUGGUACGGCAAGUUCGAGGGAGGGCAGCGCGGCGAUGAACAGCACAGCUUGAACAAGCCGGCCCCAGGUCGGUGCAACAUUGCGAGGGACUCGGGAUGGACACAGGCCGAUAAAGUCGUCGGCUCCUACUUUUGCCUCCAUUUUGCCCGAGGCGUCUGCCACCAAGGAUCCGCUUGCCAGUAUCUGCACCGGCUCCCUGGGAUUCAUGACCUCUUUCAACCGAAUGUCGACUGCUUCGGCAGAGAAAAGCAUUCAGACUACCGUGACGAUAUGGGAGGAACGGGCUCUUUUCAACGUCAGAACCGCGUGCUUUACUGCGGUAGAAUCCACGUCCAAGAUGGAAUUGAGGAGGUCGUUUCUCGUCACUUUGCUGAAUGGGGUCAGGUGGAGAGAAUUCGAGUGCUCACAGGACGUGGUGUUGCGUUCAUUACUUACACAAACGAGGCAAACGCUCAAUUCGCCAAGGAAGCAAUGCACCAGCAGGCACUUGAUCACGAAGAAAUUCUGAACGUGCGCUGGGCAACCGCUGAUCCGAACCCAAUGGCACAAAAGCGUGAAGCCCGUCGUCUCGAAGAACAAGCCGCGGAGUCCAUCCGAGCGGCUCUCCCGGCGGACUUUAUUGCGGAAAUCGAGGGCCGGGACCCCGAGGCCCGCAAAAGAAAGAAGAUCGAGGGCAGCUUCGGACUUAGCGGAUACGAUGCUCCCGAUGACGUCUGGCAUGCGCGUACUCGACAACUGGAAGCACCUGAGUCUGCGGCUGGUUCUGGUCAAGGUCAACUUGGGGCGCCUGAGCAGCCUCAGAUGAUUGAAGCUGGACAGCCUGAGCCUCAGAGGCCCAACCCCAUCAUGCAGUUCUUGUCGGAGGCGGAUAUCGCGCGUAUCCAGCAAUCUUUUGCGGCUCGCAAUGCUCAGGCUGCACCCAAGAGCCCGGGCGGUCCUCUGGUUUCUUACGAAAGCAGCGAUGAUGAGAGCAACUAA